AUGUCUCUAGACAAUGGUCCUUCCUCAACUCGAGCCCGCGCACCGUCUAUUUCGUCGUGGCUGUGGACGUCGGCCAAUGACUUUGCGGUGGGAAGCGGGUCUGCGCUCCUCGGCUGUCUCCCAGCCCUGCAUCGUGUUAUGCCCGCCGCCGCCGCCGCUGUUGGUCCUCGUAGCAGCCUGAAAAGGAACGUACCUGGGGAUCACAAGCACAUCACCGAGGGACCGGGAGCGCGAGAGGAAGGGGGAACGGGCGAGGGAGAGGACUUGGAGAGGACAAGAGCAGGGGAGGAGAACGGGAAGGGCAUAACACCAAGCUUACACAGUCCACUAAGCGGGACUGUGUUUCUCCGUCUGCAGCCUGUUGCAUUCACGCGUGAAAUCCCUCCUUCCCCCGCUGAAUUCACUUGA